AUGCGUUCGGUUGCAUCCGAUGCUGAUCUGUUCAACUUGGUGAUGCCAAAGACAGAGACGGCGGGCUUCAAGAACAAACAGGGUGGCAUUUCAAAACAGGCUAUCAAAUGGUCAAACUUCACCAGACUGAACAACUUUUAUAUAUGGCUAUUCCUUGCAACAGUCGGUCUAUGUGCCUCCAUCUCUCUUGUGGCCAUUGAUCUAAUCUUUAAGUUUGUUGUGUUUGCAGGCCGCGAGAAGUUUAUAACAUUGACAAGCAAUUACUUUGUUGAAUACCUCAGUUUCAUUAUAUGGACGAUCGCCCUUGCAUUGGGCUCGGCUUGCAUUUGUGUACAGUUCUGCCCUUCAGCGAUUGGUAGUGGCGUGCCAGACCUCAAGUCGAUCUUCUCUGGCUUUUGGAAUCCAAUGGUCGUCAAACCAAUCGUCGGUCUGCUCAAGACGAUCGGAUUGCUCAUGUCCUACGGAUCGGGCCUGUCGAUCGGCAAGGAAGGACCCUACAUUCACAUCUCUGCCAUCUUGGCCAACUCAUUGCUCAAUCUUGGACCAUUCAAGAACAUUGCACCAAACGAAACACAACGCAGUCAAUUGCUUGCGAGCUGCAGUGCACUUGGUGUUGCGGCCACCUUUGGUUCCCCAAUCGGUGGUGUACUCUUCAGUAUCGAAGUCACUGGCACCUACUAUCUGAUAUCAAACUAUUGGCGUGCCUUCUUUGCCAGCACAGUAGGUGCAGUCGGUAUCAAAAUCCUCUUGUCAACUCCAUCCAAUGAACUACUUGAAUCAUAUCGUACAACAUUUAAUGAUUUGAACUUGGUCACAGUACAAUUGUUGGCAUUGAUCAUCACUGGUGUACUUUGUGGUCUACUUGGAUCACUCUUCAUCUAUAUGUAUCAGAAGUUGUACACUUGGAAAAAACACAACAAGGAGUUUCUUCAAAAGCUUACACCAUAUGGAGAGGUACUCAUUGUAGCCGCCGUCACUGGCAUAAUCAAUUAUCCACUUCAAUUCUUGAGAUUGGAUCAUGCAAGUGCAGUACAUACUAUGUUCACAGCAUAUGGAGAUAAUAAUCCGGAGGAGUUGAAGAUAUGGACAGAGAGUAUGCCCUUCAAGAAUGGUAUAAUUCUUGCUUGCUUCCUCUAUAUUGUAGUCAAGCUGGUGCUGACGGCAGUGUCAAUCACGCUGCCCAUACCCUAUGGCAUUUACAUUCCACUGUUUGCAAUUGGUGCCGCCGUCGGCAGAUUCGUCGGCGAGAUCAUGAAGCUCAUUUUCCCUCACAUGACCGAUAUCUAUCCAACUGGCUAUGCGGUGGUCGGCGCGGCUGCGCUGUGUGGUGGCGCCACUCGAACUGUAUCAAGUGCGGUGAUCAUCUUGGAGCUCACGGGCAACCUCACAUACAUGGUGCCAGUUUUGGUGGGAGUGGUGCUGGCCUGUGGCAUUGGCAACCUCUUGAACCACAGUAUCUACGACUGCUUCCUCAGGAACAAAGGUCUGCCGUACUUGCCGUUCGUCAAGAUCAAGUCGGACAGCACCACGGCGCAGGACAUCAUGAACAGAGACCUCUACUACGUCACACAUCGAACGACGCUGGCGCAGAUCGAGGCCGUGCUUGAGAAGGUGAGCGAUGCAGGCAUCCCCGUCGUGGAGAGCGAGGAUGACUUCCACCUCAUCGGUACUAUAUCGAGGACCACUCUGGAAGAGGUCAUCUCGUACCACGAGCGUCUACACUCCUACGCGCAGAACAAAACACCGCUGGGCGGCACUGGUGGCGACACAAUCCUGACGAUUGGCGAGGACAUGGACGACAAUAGUUACAGCAGCGAGAAGGACCUACUGCAACCGUACGACAAUGAGAUGAAGGUGUUCUCAUCCACCAUCGACAACUACCCAGUGGUGAACGAGGAGAACGAAUCGGCGCCGUACGUGCCCAACGAGAGCGACAGUCUGCGAGCCAACACCGACGAUAUCCAAAUGUUGGGCUCGACGGCCAGCGACAGCAUGCGCAACAGCAACGAUGAGAUCAUCAGCCAGAGCAGCUCGCCCAGCCAGUCGGACAACUCAAUCGAUCUUGUGGGCAUGGAGCUGCAGAAUCCUUGGGUGAUCAUCGACAGCUCGCCAUUCCAAAUACCCGAGUCCACACCUGUCAGGAAGAUCGUGUUUAUGUUCAUGAUGCUGGGUGGCAAUGUAAUCUACGUGCUCAACUCUGGCAAGUUGGUGGGCGUCAUCUCCAAGAGUGAUUUGGUCAAGAAGCAUCAUACCAAUAAAUAG